GGAGGAGUGCUGGGAGAGACUUCUGUGAGACUAUCCACCCUCGUCUUCCUCUGAGUGAAGUCAAGCAGAAAAUGCUCCCGGCGGGCGCAGGGUGAAGGUCAGCCCGGUGAGAUCGACGCCGAUGCUCCGGUGCUCUCGAGUGGAGUGAUCGCUCACCUGUGGACAUGUAUCAAGGCGUAACGAUGACCACGAACCACGGACCCGCGUCUUACGAGCCCGGUUUCCUCCAUAACGCCGUCUCCGCCGCCGCUUCGCCGGUGUACGUGACGCCCACCCGGGUCACCCCGAUGAUCCCGGCGCUGCCGUACCUCCAGACGCCGCAGCAGAGCAGCCCGGUGUCCGGACACUCGGGAUGGGCGCAGCCGGGCGCGGAUGCGGUCGCUUCUUACAGCUCCGCCGGCGGGCACCAUCAUUCUCCGGUCUCCAGGUUCACGUUCUCCACGAGCCCUCCGUUAACCUCCGGGGUCGCGACGGCCCGGGAGACGGCGAGUUACACGAGUCCGCUGAACAUCUCCGCUGGCGGGCGGGAGCACUACGGGACCCGCGGUCUGAGCGGAUCCUAUCACAGCGGGUACCCGGCCUACGUGAGCCCGAACAUCGGAGGCUCGUGGACGGCGUCGCACUUCGACAGCUCCGUGCUGCACAGCCUCCAGAGCGGAGGAGCGGCCGGUGCCGCGCGACACCAGAAUUUUGAGCUGCUGGAUGAUUUCGCUGAGGGUCGUGAGUGUGUGAACUGCGGGGCGAUGUCCACUCCUCUGUGGCGGCGGGACGGGACGGGUCAUUACCUGUGUAACGCCUGCGGUCUCUACCACAAGAUGAACGGGAUCAACCGUCCGCUCAUCAAACCGCAGAGACGACUGUCUGCGUCCAGACGGGUUGGUUUGUCCUGCACUAACUGUCAGACGACCACAACUACUCUCUGGAGACGUAAUGCAGAAGGAGAGCCGGUCUGCAACGCCUGCGGACUCUACAUGAAGCUCCACGGGGUUCCUCGUCCUCUCGCCAUGAAAAAAGAGGGGAUUCAGACCCGAAAACGCAAACCAAAAAAUAUCAGCAAGUCCAAACCUGGGUCAUCUGAGGGUCAGACGGCGUCCAGUGCUUUGAGCUCCAGUCCCACAGAUGAACCGCGGCCCAUAAAGACUGAGCCGGACACAGUGUCACUCUACACACACCACAACAUGAACACAGCGGUCUCUGCAUUUCCGUCUUAUCUGGGAACUCCGAGCUCAAGCUCUGCUCUCAAACUUUCUCCAAGUGGAUCUUCCAGCUCCAAAAGUGAAGUGUGGAACAGCCUGAUUCUGACAUAAGAACCCGAGAUCCUCCUGCUGAAAGCGUCACUCCCUGCAGAGCUCAGAGCAGAAGAUCUGCUCCAUCUGGUGCCAGAACAGAUGAGUGUCAGUGAUGAAAUGAAGUGGUACCUGAACGCUGUGCUGGAUUCACAUCAACAGAUCAGCUCUUGAUCAGAAGCAGAAAACCCUGGAACGAAUCACAGGAACCAAAGACCCUUCAGUCCCAGAAGAUCACGAGAACAUUAUAUAACCUGGAUGUUCCAGAUCACGGCUUGAUGUGCUUUAUUCAUCUUUAAGACAUUGGUUUCAUUCAUUUUAAACCCUUCAGUUGCCACAGAUAAACGUGUUAAAGCAAUAGUU